AUUUUUAGAGGACAGGGGAUCUGAUUCAGGUCAAGCACCGGAGUAGGAGCAACAUUGCCGCCAAGUCGCGGCAUGUUUUUGCUUAUGUCACCCGUUGGAUGGAAGGGUAGAUAGCUGGGUGUAAGGGACACAGCAGCUCAGUUUAAAUUCCACAGCCGUCGAGGCAACAUCCUUCUAUGUCGCGCUGGCCUUGAAGCGAUUGCCUCAUCAGUGAGAAAUUACUGCUGUCGCCUAUAUAGCGGUUUCUGGUCCAUACAAGGCUGGAUGAUCGACAUAUAUAUUUCCUUAAAUAAGUGCUGAAAUUUCUCACGGCUAUUUUUAUGUGAAAGUACAGGUCAUACACAUUGUUUUGUGAUAAGUGUGCCUGCUGUUGCAGAAGAAGGUUGUAAAUGUUUUAGAGCCGCAGCAAAGACUUAAUUAACGGGCAGUGAACACGACUUUGAUGGUAUUGUAUAUACCGGGGACUGUGUGUGUGUCACCUUAACCUCCUGCCAUUGUCCGUAAAUCUUCGUGUAACUGGCCUGGUCACAAGAGGCACUAAAUAGACAAGGUGGGAGAUUUUCCGCCUGAGAACUCUUUGAACACUUCGCCGCCGGCAUACCUGAGACCGAACCUCAACCUCAUUCAUAACUACCUGCGUGAAUCACCUGCGACGUUUCCUCGUGGGAAGCACGCCACUGGUGGGCCCGUGGAAUGCACUUAAUGUGGCGACCAGUACAAAGCUCUGCCUAGGCACGAAAACGAGACAAGUAUGUGGCCCCCACUUCGUGACAUUUAACCUUCUGGCGAUCCAAGGCGAGAGGUCCGCUCGGCGGGUUCUUCGCAGUUUGUUCCAAGACGUUCAUGGAGACACAGGUCUGGCGAUACUAGUACCAGAACCACGAGAAAAAGAUAACACGAGGACAAAGAAUGCUGUGCUCACAAACAAGAGACAGCCACAAGGCUAAAGCUGGAGCCACGACAACAACAACACCCACGACAAAACGCCCCUUAGUUGCCAUGGCAGCCGGACGGACCACCCCUGAAGGGCAGUCGGCCACCCGUAGCGGCCGAACAAAGGAUGAACUCCGUGCAGUGCCCGCCGCUCCUGUCACGCACGGGCCCCGGGGCCUUGUCGCGCGCCUGCGCAGCAAGCUGUGUAAGCCGACGAAAUGCGAAAAGUGCCGGCGGCGCAGCACUUCCUGCCGCCCCAACGCCUCCUUCCUGUCUGGCCGGAAACACUACCUGUGCGAGAACUGCCGUGUGUCUGCUGACAACGUCAAGAACCUGUACACGCAGAUGAUGAUCCGCAACCCGCACUUCCGGUUCCAGACCGAGGGAUGUGACGUCAUUACGGACGAAGACUUUUCCGCCUCAGACCUUUCGGCCUCCUCGGGGAACGAUGGGUGUACGGCGGGGGGUGAGUCCGGUUACGGCACAGCCACCUCCAGUGACUCUGUCGGUUCGGAACCAAGCGGCGUCUGUGAUGACAGUCCUGUGACUUCUGCAACCAUCACAGCACCGACACCCAACAGACCUCCUUCGUACGACCUGGCUUGUUCUCGAAGUCGGAUUCUGCGAGAGAGUGACAGAUUCCUUCUCGAACAAUCCGCGAGGUCAAGAGUGAAGGACUCGGCCAAUGCGGCCACAGAGGAACGCUGACGAGGAGAAACGCCAGAUGGAUCUGAGGUUGCAGGAUUUGCAGCAUCGACUGGAAGAGAUUCAGUUGGUCACAGACAGAGGCCACGCAGAGGACAAACCCCGUCCAGUCUACGACGGUUAUUUGGAAACCAGCUUCAGAUCCUCCAAAGCCAACGUCCGGGUACUGAAAAGUCCAACCUCAGGCCUCGCUGAUGGAACUGUAGUCCAGCAGACUACACCAUCGAAAUCCUCCCCUGGAGGGCAACCUGACCCUCAGCGCCUUAGCUCUGGAAGCCGAAAGGAUUGUGCCAACUGUCACAAAAUAACUGUCACUGCAUUCCGACUCCCAUGGGAGGGGGCGUGGCUUUGUGAGGACUGCAUGGACGACAUGAUCUGACGAUGCAGUGUACAUGUAUUCAUUUUUAACAGUUGUUGGCCAGUCGCUGAAGUGCUGAACGGGUAACAGAAAGACUGUGCGUGCAGCAGAAAACAAUCACGUGCAGAAACACGCAUUUCAUUCACUCUACCUCAGGGACUCGAUCGAAAGCGAAUGAAGAAUUUAGAAUAAAUCCAUUUCAAUUAUCAUCACGAGAGGGAAGAAGAAGUGAGCAACUGUCAAUGUGACAGCAGUGGGUGACAGCACAGGCACAAGACGUUCACGAAGAGUGCAUUAAUCCUGGAUGUAAUUAAAGCGAGAACCCAAUGUGUUUUUCUUCUUACAUUCAUCUUCAAAAAAGAAGUAUGACUGCAUUAAUUUUAGAAUUUCUGUGCGCGUUUCCUUUCAAGAAUAUUGUCAUUUUAGAAACUCUAAAACAUGUGUGUUCGUGUGCGCGCGCUCGCGAGCGAGUGCUAAACAAUUUCAGUGACUCAUCUGGUAGGUCGUUCUCCUCCAGUAUACAAUCAGUCCAUCUCUUGAACAAACGUUUUUGUGACUUCAAUGCCUGGCUCUGGGCUGUCGAGGAAGUAUUUCCUAGUAGGAGUGUAGCGAUCGUCUAUGACUUAUGGCAACCUUCAUCCUUUAGUGUCUACAUCAAGGACCGAGCUACAGUGGACCUAAGGCGGAGGUCACGCUGACGUGGGGGUCAAUGGGAGGAGUGCUAGUGAUGAGUGUUUGACUGAACAGGGAAAGCUCAGGUUGUUCCGCAUUAUUUGAUAUGUGAAAUAUGACUAAGAGAACUCGUGUCUUUGGUAUGUGUGAAGCGAAUGGGGGGAGGGAGAUGGGGAGUGAAAGGGGAAUAGACUAGUCACCCGGAUGUAUUCUAUUGGUGACUUAUGUUCGCGUGACUUACGCUUAGCUCUUGUACACGACACUAAAACUUUUGAGCCAAGAAGACUGUGUUCAUCUUAAAUAAAAGAAAUGAGUUUACCAUGU